GAUGUCGGGAAUUGGCAAAGUGCUACAGGGCGUGGUGGGGCUCGUGGCUCAGAAAAAGUACCACCUCCUAACGCGGGAAAUGAUUCAGAAUGCCAAGGCCGAUCUCAAUAACCUUUUGAAAGGAGUUGUGGGAGCACAAGCUGAUAAUGUGGAGUCACUUCGGGCCGCACUGAAAGCUGCGGAGGAAAAGGACUGGGAUAAAUUAGACAUGGUGCUCGUGGACGCCCAGAUAGACUACACAACACUAUUGAAAGCUCUGAAGAAAGGAUACAGACCAGUUCCUAGAACAGUUGAGAGUAAGAAAUUCACCGGGAUACACGAUCUUAUGGACGUACCAACAGAAUUAGACAGUUUGACACGAGCUUCUAAAACUUUUGUGGUAGAGAAACAGGAACAGACAGACGAAGUGAACACAGAGAGAUAUCUCAAUGAGGACGAGAGACCAGCUGAAACAGCUCAACAGGAGAACCAGUCAAGCCUUAUAGAAAUACAGCAGAAAGAAAUCGAAGAACUAAAAAUUAGAUUAAGUAAAUUGGAGGAAGAAAAGCUUGGAGAUAAAAAUUCAACAUUUACUAAUCUCAGCGAUACAAACAGACCAACAAAUCUUGCCGAACGAUUCUCGGAACUUUACGAUAAUGAGUGGACAAAGGCUCUAGAGGAUCUACGCACGACAAAAGAGAAUCACGAGGAUGGGAAUAUCAAACUUUUGGCGGACAUUUUAGAGGCAGCAUUCCAGUACUGUAAGACACUGGCAUCGGAUCAAUUUCAGGAUAUGUGGGAGAAAAUACUGUUCCCAAUGAAGAAUGUGCCAGAGUGGCUACAUGUGACUAAAAAAUUACAAAAAGAAGCCUCAAGGUGUUUGAAAGAAUUCAGAAAAGAUCACGGGGUCCUGAGUAUUCCUUCAAUUCAAAUGAUGUUCAGUCGGAAACAGUUGUCCAAAAUGAUUGACCCUGAUUUACACACAGAUAAUUUGGUGCAAUAUACAAAUUUGUGCAUAGAAUUGUCUUGGCUCUUCAAUAUUCAGGAUCCGCCUAUGUGUUUACUUUGGGCCCAUGAAGGACAGAGAGUGUCUGAGCAUUUAAGACUUUAUAGUGGGAAAGGAAAAACAGUGUCUUAUAAUGUAUGGCCGUCAUUAUUAUUGCAUGAGGGUGGUCCGCUUUUAAAGAAAGGCGUUGUCCAACCACAUAGUAAUUAAGUUGAUUUCAGAAUUAAUCAUAUAUCA